AUGCCUUUUUGCCCAUUAAAUGUAUUGGAGCUUCCGCUCAGCAAUCCAGCACCGUCGCCUCGUGUCGUUGACGCAAGAAAAUACUGUGAAAACAAACCUGAAGUGUUCGUAUCUCGAAAAUCCAUGGCUCCACUAGAUGCGCUCGUCACUUGUCUCUGGAUGCUCGAUCCGCGGUACUUACAACAAUUCCUCAAUCGUCGUUUGCCGCGAUUUCAAUUUCAAUUACAGCGAACGACGCCUAUCCUUCGUCGCAACAUCAUAUGUAUGCGACACAAGAUGUCGGAAUCCUUGCAUUUAAUCCAAUUACAAAGCGAUUCAAGCAUGUUGAUCAGCCACGGAAAAUGGGAAACCGUAACCACCAAGGUAUUCUACAUUACAGAUGGACACAUCCUAAGAUUCGAAUGUCAUGACAUGAACACAAAUGGCUUGGAUGCCAACCCCUCAAUCGCCAAUGCAAUCUAUACCCCAGCUCUGCUCCAGGGAUUGACCCCUUUAGGAAGGACACAACUCUACAUUACAGCUUCCUUUAUGCAAGAAUGCAAAACAUCACUAGUAGAAAAUGGAUCUCGCACAUACUCUAUGACCUGGGAUGGAAAAUGGAAGAAGCCCGACGAUUUGAUCAUUUGUCCGCGGCAGCUCAGCAGGGAUGGGGAACCACUAGCGGAAUACUGGAGACAAGAAUAUCCCGAAGCUAUAGGACAAUCGAUCAAAGCUUCCCUAGUCUUCGAUGUGCGAUUAUUACCCUUGUGGCGUCGUUGUGUUUGUCAGACGCCGGCUGUCAAAUUCUUUCUCGAUCGUGUGGAGAGGAAAAACGUGAUGAGGAAAAUGAAGAAGUUUUGUACGAUUCAACCGUAUCAAAAUACUGUUCAGUAUAAGGACGUUGAGGAGUCAUAA